GCUUUUUCCCUCUGGGAUGCCGCAGCCCUUACCCAGCCAGCGGCUUCCUAGUGCCAUAUCCACUCUGCUAAGGCUAUGCUGUCCCGCACCAGCCCCGGGCCAUGCGUCCUGCCCACUCCUCGCUCCCUCUCCAGCUGCGGCUGAGAGCAGGAGCGCUCCGGGCACCUCCCAGCCCCGGCCUCGUCCCUCUUCACCCGCGAUCUGAUCGCCCCCCGCCCGCCGGCCGCGCCGCCGCUCCGCAGCCGGGAGGCGGCCUGGGGAGGCCGCGCCCGCCCCAGGCCGCGGCGCUGGGGGCCGGCUUGGGCGCUCCGCGGCGGCUGCGGGGCUGCCACGCGUGAGUAGCGGGCGGGCCGGGCUGCGAGGGGCCGGGCCCAGCGCGGAGCCGGGCCUUCCCCUGCUCUCGGCGGGCCCGGGCCCGGCAGCGGCCAGGGCGGGCCGAGGCGCAGCGUGGCCGCUGCCCGCCGGCCGCGGAGGCCGCGGUGAGCCGGGGCCGCCGGGCCCCGCCGCGCCGCGGGAUGGCUUUGGUCCCCUACGAGGAGGGAGCGGGCUGGGGAGCGCGGCAGCUGCACAGCCCUUCGGCCACUUACCACUUCGUCAGCCGCACCAUCCGCAUCAAGCAGGACUGGCGGCGGCUCGGGGUGGCGGCCGUGGUCUGGGAUGCGGCUGUUGUCCUGUGUGCUUAUCUGGAGAUGGGAGGCAUUGAUCUCAGGGAUCGGUCUGUGAUUGAGCUGGGAGCUGGAACUGGAUUGCUGGGAAUAGUGGCCACAUUAUUAGGUGCUCAUGUCACCAUCACAGACAGGGCGGCAGCACUGGAGUUCCUGGAGUCAAAUGUUCAGGCUAACUUACCUUCUGAGCUACGUCCGAGAGCUGUGGUGAAGGAGCUGACUUGGGGAAAAGACCUGGGAAACUUCCCCUCAGGAGCAUUUGACUUCAUCCUGGGUGCAGACAUCGUUUAUCUGGAGGAAACUUUUGCGGAGCUGCUGCAGACGCUGGAGCACCUGUGCUCAGAGCAAACUGUGAUUCUUCUUUCCUGUCGCAUCCGCUAUGAACGGGAUCACAGAUUUUUGAGGAUGCUGAGAGGACGUUUCUCUGUGUAUGAGGUCCACUAUGACUCCAAUAAGGAGGUUCAUAUCUACAAAGCACAGAGGGGUAGUCGCAAGGACGACUUGUGACUCUCUGCUUUGUUAGUAAACCACUGAUGCUGUUCUAUCCUCCCCUUAUUUCUACUCGAUACACUUGUUCCUGAGCAUGUAAUUGCAAUUGUGUUAUUUCACUGGCUUCUUGUUCUGAUGGUCUUGUCUGAUCACUUGGUCUGACACAGCAAGGAUUGUACUUCUGUUCUGCAUAUCUACCCUCUACUUCAUUUCUCAGUAGAGUUGUAUAGGGUCUUCCACUGACUUUUUAUCAAAUGUAAUUUCUGAAACUGAUGUAAAUGGCAGAAAUCUCCAGGCAUCAAAAAAAGUCAUCAAAAGAUCUGUUGUUUAAAAAUCAAACCACACUUACUUUCUGUGGGAUACCUAAAAAGAGAUUAGAGUGGGUUUUUUCCCCUUAUGACUUCCUUAACUCCUGAAAAGUAAAAAUGGAUGAAAUAUAUAAGCUAAGACACCAGCUCUAAAUGCUCUAACAGUUCAGGCAUUCUGCAACUUGAAGAUUGUGGCAAAAGAAGCUACUUAAAGGAGAAAACCAACAAAGACAGCUGCUAUAAAGUGGUUCUAUUGCUGUUACUGCUGAAUUGAAGAGGCAUAGGGAAACAAAGAACGAGAUCAGGGGGCUGUGUGUGUGUGUAAAUAUUGCAGAGUAAGCCAACUUAGAAAUCAGUGGUGUUUUUACCUGACUUGCAAGCGUACCAAAGCAGUCAUGGUUCUUGAGCUGUUCCUAACAAGAAAACUUGCUUUCACACAGAUCAAGGCUCCUUGAGGCAUAUACACAUGGGCAUGUGCCAGCACAGAAAGUGAAACAAGGAGACUCAAACUGUUCUUUAAAUAUCAAUUCAAUCCUUGAUUCUCAAAGUACUGUUAAAUCAUGUUCUGUCUUCCUUUGUUUGUGGCUUACUCUGUCUCCAAGAGCUGCUAUUUAGGAGAAUGGGAUGCUGCUGUAAGUUUUUGUAGCUGGAGAGUACUUACUCUUGUAUUACUUGGGACCUUGGAGCGGUGUCUAGAUUUCGGCGUGCUUUCUGUGCACAGUGUUUUAAGUAAACAAUUUCAUACCUCGAGCUUGUAAAAACAUCUCUGUGUUUAUUCCGCAAGAUCCUAUGUGAGAAAUGCUGCAUCCUGGAAUCCGGCUCGCACCAGCAGCAGCCUUCCUUCUUUUUCUAGCGGUGGAACAAGGAACCUGGUGAAAACAAUGGGCUAACAGAAGAUGGCUACGCUUCUAAAGUGCAGGAAUUGCUAUAGUACCUUUUUUUUUGGUGGAUGUGGAACUUCUUUUUUCUUUAAACUUAACUUACAAAGCCCCAGGUUAAGUUCAGGCUUUAAGGAUCUGCCUGUCUGUGUCAGUGGCAACAGCAAACACCAGCAGUUGCUUUGGGCCAUGGACAUUAGAAGCUCUUUAUCACUUCUGCUUCCAUCAAACUUCCAACUGGCAAAGAUGCAGAGGGUCUGUGGUCCAGAAGCGAUAUGCAGACUGUAUAUGGAAAUGACACGUUCAUCAUUACAGCUCACGAAUAAAGCCCGAAGGUCUUGUGCUUUAUCCCUGCUGUGUCUCUCAUGUGUUUUCGGCUAAGUUGCUCGCUUGGCUCUGGACUUGGCCAGCAGAGCGUUGCUGCUCUAAAACACUUGCUUACAACAGUAUCCUUAGAAACCACAUGGUGUCACUAGAACAGUACUUAAGCGGCUGGCUGGGACUUUGCAGUCUGAAACUAGCAUUGAAGUCCGUUUGAGGGAAGGAAGACAGCACCUUUAAUUAAAACCAGAACACGAUAUGA